GCCAGGUGGUGCGUGAGCUUUAGCCGAAACAAAAUCCCUAAUCAAAAGCGAAAAAAAAAAAUUCCCAAAUCUGAGUGUAAUUGCGAGUGUGAGUGAAUCACCAUGAGAGGCCUCCUUUCAAGUACGAAGCUCAUUGCUUCGAAGCUCUUCCAUCAUCACCAUGGAGGAGUAGCAGCAGCAACAUCACCACUUCAAUUGAUGCGGAACAUGAGCCUCAUUCCAAUGGUGAUCGAGCACUCCUCCCGAGGAGAGAGAGCCUACGAUAUCUUCUCCCGACUCCUCAAGGAGCGCAUCGUCUGCAUCAACGGACCCAUCUCCGACGACACCGCACACGUCGUCGUCGCCCAGCUCCUCUUCCUCGAGUCCGAGAACCCUUCCAAGCCCAUCCACAUGUACCUCAAUUCCCCCGGUGGUGCCGUCACUGCAGGUCUUGCUAUUUAUGAUACUAUGCAAUAUAUCCGGUCUCCGAUUCAUACAAUUUGUUUGGGUCAAGCUGCAUCUAUGGGUUCUUUGCUAUUGGCUGCGGGUGCUAAGGGUCAGAGGCGCUCUCUUCCAAAUGCAACAGUCAUGAUUCAUCAGCCUUCUGGUGGAUACAGUGGUCAGGCAAAAGAUAUUGCUAUUCAUACCAAGCAGAUUGUUCGGAUGUGGGAUUCCUUGAAUGCAAUUUAUGCAAAGCAUACAGGCCAACCAGUUGAUAUUAUUCAGAAGAAUAUGGAUAGAGAUUAUUUCAUGACUGCAGAGGAGGCAAAGGAGUUUGGAAUUAUUGAUGAGGUUAUUGAUCAAAGACCAUUGACUUUGGUUUCAGAUGCUGUUACUAGUGAAGACAAAGAUAAAGACUCUAGUUAGAACUUGAGGGUAAGAUUUCUUUGAAGAUUGCUUACUAUAUUUAAUGUGAUGUCUACCACCUUAGGUAUAAAUUGCAGUUGAUAUAAUUGUAUCAAUUGGACAUAAAGUUUCUCAGUUCAGUUGUUAGAUUUUUUGCCAUUGAAUUUUAAGAUUUUGCUCAAUUCAGUUCUAUUGACA